UAUGGUUAGAAAAAAUACCCAAAAGGUCAAAUUAGUUCUUAUCAACUGCCAAAAGUCACGUGCGUAUCACUCUUCAAUACCUUUCCCGCCUAAAGUAGUUAACAGGCCUAACUAACUCAACGAAACCCAGAUGCGAAACCUAACAACUUUUACUCCCCCCAGAAUAAACACACACGGAAUCUGGAUUUACUCUCUGCAAAGCUCAUCUUCAGCACCUCAAACACUGUCCAAGAAGAAUCAUGGAUGACUCGAGCUAUCUUCCCCUCUACUUUCGCCGUUCCGGCCCCCGUCAAUCACGUUCGGAAACUCCCGUUUCACAGCUCCGAUCAUCUUCUCCAUCACCAUACAAGUUGGUCCAUAUUAUUCCUUUGAUUGUUUUGAUGAGUUUCUUCAUCCUGUGGUGGUUCUCUCGUCCUGUGAAUUUGGUGGUCAAGGAUGGCAGAAUUGAAGAAAUUCAUCCAACUGGGACACUGUCUCUGAAUGGUGCUUACGUUGAACUAGCCAUUCUGCCAUCUGCAAAAUCGCCAGUUAACUCACCUCCUUUGAAUCUCACAAGGAACAAUGAAACUCUAGCACAUCCGAACGAAAAUUUGAGGCUAUCUAUAUGAUCCGCGGCUUCUGCACUUCACUAAUCUCACCAUCUAGGCAACUGUCCACCCAUAUGUACAUCGUCGAGCUAUUUUUCCAUGGCAGAACUCUACAGCAAUCCCUUCUAGGUGACUGCCAAAACAAAUCAUCAUUUUGAGUGGUAGUAGUAUAAAUAGUAAUGUAUAUUCAUUAAGCAAUAUUCUAGGAUUUUCAUGUAUCAAAUUGCUUCCUGCAAAUAUAUAUCAUGUUUCUUCUUACCUUCUGCCAACGUUGAGGAUCUGGCUUUUUGAAGACUACAACGGUGUCAACUGUCUCUGGAGACUCCAACUUCCAUCUGCAAUAGCGGCGGCGAGAUUCAUGGCGAUUGUAAAA